AUGCCAAAACACUACUGUGAUUAUUGCGAUGUUUACUUAACACACGACUCAGCCUCAGUGCGUAAGGCACACAACAGCGGCAGGAAUCACCUUGCGAAUGUCCGUGAUUAUUACGCAUCUCUCGGGCAUGACAAGGCGCAGAGCAUCAUCGACCAGAUCACGUCUGCAUACGAUUCUGGAGGUGGUCCGCCUCCCGGAGGAUUCAACUUCGCUCCUCCGCCGAGUGGUUUCGGUGGACCACCGCCAUUCGGCGGUUUUCCCGGUGCAGGUGCUCCUCCCUUUCCUGGACCUGGUGGGUUUGGUGGACCACCUCCUCCGGGCAUGAUGGGCGCUCCACCAUUUCCUCCUCCUGCCGGCAUGGCGCCACCUAACUUUCCGCCUGGAGCACCAGGUGCUCCACCCUUCCCUCCACCAAACGCAAAUGGGCAACCUCCAUUCCUUCCGCCUCCAAAUUUCAUGAAUGGUGCUCCUGGCGCACCGGGACAGCCGCCGACCAACUUUAGCCCUCCACCAAUGAAUGCUAACGGUCCGCCACCACAGAACUAUGGACCUCCGCCUGGUUCAAAUGCCUCUCAACCAGGUGGCCCAAAUGCUGACUGGUCCUCCGAAUACGAAUAUGACGUUUCAGACGUCUGA